UAGAAUGGGGCUCGGGUCAGCAGUGGCGGGCAUUUGCUCUUCUCUCAGUGUCUGUUAUAACUAAGUCAGGAUCUGGGAUCUCAAAAUCGAAUGGAGAAGGUGGGAAAGUAGUGGUCACCGCAGCAUGUGUGAGGCCAGGUGAUGCUGCUCGGGAGCGAGGCGCCAGGGCGGAGACAGGAGCUCGCUGUACCAGGGACACCCGCCUCCCCCGCUGCUGGCGCCCCUCCCGGCCCACAGAGUCAGAUGGCGGAGGCUGGGUGGAGGCACCUGGCUGAGGUUAGGGUGACCUUUGAGGAUGUGGCGGUGUAUUUCUCCAGGACAGAGUGGAGCCUCCUUAAUGCGGCUGAGAGACGCCUGUACCUCCAUGUGAUGCUGGAGAAUUUUGGUCUUGUAUCCUCACUGGGUUGCUGUUGUGGAGUGGCAGAUGUGGAGGCUCCCAUUGACCAGAACCUUUCUGUAAGAGUGUCCCAGGCAAAGGAUCCCAAGGCAGCUUUGUCUUCCAAAAAGAGCCACCCCUGUGACAGUUGUGGGUGUGUCUUGAGGGAAAUUUUUCUCUUGGUUGACCAGCAGGGAACUCAACAGAGACAGAAAGUGCUGAGGUGUGGAGCAUGUGCAAAACAAUUUUGUUUUAUUGCAAAGCAUCACCAGCACGAGGAGCAACACUUGAAACAGAAGUCUUUUGUACAAGGUGUGGACAAGGCCUCACUUGUGAAGGGCUGCAAUUUCAAUGUGUCUGAAAAGACUUUUACCUUCCAGGAGCUUGAGCAGAACGUUUUUACCAACUCAGGAAAUAUCCAACAACAGGCUACUAACACCAGGGAAAGAGGAAAUGAAAUGUCAACAUCUGAGGAGGAUUUUCAAAGGAGAAAAAUUUAUCACACAAGAAAAGAAUAUAAGAAGUCCAUUGGCUGCAAACACACUCCUCUUCCAGACCAGGCUGUCCAUAUUGGAAGACAAUAUUAUGCAUGCGAUGAAUGUGAAAAAUGUUUUCUAGGAAUCUCAGGUUUUUGUUAUCAUCAGAAAGUUCACACUGGGGAAAAGCCAUAUGAGGGCAGUGAAUGUAGUAAAUCUUUGACCAGUGGCUCUGCCAUUCAUAAACAUUACAGAGAUCACACUGGAGAAAGGCCUUAUGAGUGUGGUGCAUGUGGGAAAUGUUUUACCCAUAGCUCUAACUUCCAUAAUCAUUACAGACUUCACACUGGAGAAAGUCCUUUUCAGUGUAGUGAAUGUGGGAAAUCUUUUGCCAAUGGCUCUGUCCUCCAUAAACACCAGAGAUUUCACACUGGAGAAAGGCCUUAUGAGUGUGGUACCUGUGGGAAAUGUUUUACCAUUAGCUCUCACCUCCUUUAUCAUCAGAGAGUUCACACUGGAGAAAGGCCUUUUCAGUGUGGUGAAUGUGGGAAAUCUUUUACCAAUGGCUCUGCCCUCCAUAAACACCAGAGGGUUCACACUGGAGAAAGGCCUUAUGAGUGUGGUACCUGUGGGAAAUGUUUUACCAUUAGCUCUCACCUACUUUAUCAUCAGAGAGUUCACACUGGAGAAAGGCCUUAUGAGUGCAGUGUAUGUGGGAAAUCUUUUACCUGGAGCUCAGAUCUCCGUAAACAUCAGAGAGUUCACACUGGAGAAAGGCCUUAUGAGUGCAGAGAAUGUGAGAAAUCUUUUACCAGUAGCUUUGCCCUCCGUAAACAUCAGAUAGUUCACACUAGAGAAAGACAUUAUGACUGUGGUGAAUGUGGGAAAUCUUUUACCAGUAGCUAUGACCUCAGUAAACAUCACAGGGUUCACACUGGAGAAAGACCCUAUGAGUGCAGUGAAUGUGGGAAAUCUUUUACCAAGAGUUCUGCCCUCCGUAUACAUCACAGGGUUCACACUGGAGAAAGGCCUUAUCAGUGCCGCAUAUGUGGAAAAUCUUUUACCUGGAGCUCUAACCUCCGUAGCCAUUAUACAGUUCACACUGGAGAAAGGCCUUAUCAAUGCACUGAAUGUGGGAAAUCGUUUACCACAAGCUCUGCCCUUCAUAAACACCACACAGUUCAUACUGGAGAAAGACCUUAUGAGUGUGGUGAAUGUGGGAAAUCUUUUACCAGAAGUUCUACCCUCUGUUAUCAUCAGAGAGUACACAAAGGAGAAAGGCCUUAUGAGUGCAGUGAAUGUGGGAAAUCUUUUACGAAGAGUUGUGCCCUCCGUAUACAUCUUAGAGUUCACACUGGAGAAAGGCCUUAUGAGUGUGGUGAAUGUGGGAAAUCCUAUGUCAGUGGGUCUGGCCUGCAUAAUCAUCGGAAAGUUCAUACUGGAGAAAGGCCUUAUGAAUGUUUUGAAUGUGGGAAAUCUUUUACUAAUAGUUCUGCCCUCCAUAAACAUCACAGAGUUCAUACUUAAGCAAAGGCUUUUCAGUGUGGUGAAUGUGGGAAAUCUUUUACCAGUAGCUCCGACCUAUGUAAACAUCAUAUAGUUUAUACUGGAGAAAGGCCUUAUUAGUGCAGUGAGUGUGGGAAAUCCUUUAUGUGUAGCUGCCACCUCUGUUAGCAUCAGUGGGUUCACACAAAAGAAAAGCCUAUGAGUGCAGUGAAUUCAGAAAACAUCUGUAAUAUUCACCUUGUUGUCAUCAGAGUAUUCACUUAGUAAAAUGACCUUAUGGCUGCAGGGAAUGUGAAAUUUUUAUUUAUCUGUAAUCUCUAUUAUCAUCAGAGAGUUCACCCAGAGGACGGUCUUAUGCCCGCAUUGAAUGUGGAAAAUCUUUUACCAGUAGCUGUGGCUGUCAUUGUCCUUGGGUCUCAAUGACUAAAUUCUUACUAGUUAAGGAAAUUUGGGAAAUCUUUUAUUUUCUAGCCAUUUCUUCUGUUAUCUUCUGAGAUGUGACAGGAAAAUUGAUUUAUGUAUGCAGGCAAUAUGAGGAAUUUUUUUUAUUGUAGUACUAAGCUCCAUUAUAUUCAGAGAUUUCACUCUGGUAAAAGGUGUUAUGAGUACAGUGGAUAUGGGAAAUGCUUCUUCUAUCCAUUCCCCUAUUAUCAGGGAGUUCACACUGGAGAUAGGCCUUAUGAGGACAUAAAAUGUGGGAAAUCUCUUAUCUCAUAGUCAUCACCAUCUUAAACACACUUCACACUGUUUAAAGGCUUUGAGUGUGAAGUGAAUAUAGGAAAUCUUUAGCGAUAAAUUUAUACCUUUUGACCUUGGAGAUUUUUCACUGUAAAUGAAUAGGUUUUAGGAAAUGUUUUAUUUUUUUCAGUAUAAUGAUACUGAAGUAAACUUGCUGAGGAAACAUCUGACUUUAAUGUUUUACCAGUGUUCUCAGUGUUGGCCUGUGUCAUAAGUUUAAUGUUUAUGUUUUGCAGAACCUAACAAAGCAUUGUUAAUCUGUGACUUUAUGGACUCUUUUGGGACCUUUUUUUUUAUCCUCACCCAAGAACAUUUUAUUUCACUGCUUUUAGAGAGACAGGAAGGGAGGGAGAGAAAAAUUGAUUGGUUACAUGCUCAAAUCAGGGUUCGCAUUCCUAACCUACUUAUGUGCCCUGACCAGGAGGCAAACCUGUAACUUUUCACCUUUGGAUAAUGCUCUAACCAAUUGAACCACACAGACUAGAGCCCUUUAUGCCUUUUUAUUCAUAGUGUAUGAGGGUUGCAUUUCCCCACCCUAGCAAAAUACUGAUUUGUUCAAUUUUUGUUAAUUUUAGCUUUUUCUGAGUUUGUAUGUGCUCUUGUUUUAGUUGCAUUUCUGUAAUGAUUUGUACCUAUUCUUUUAUGAUUUUGGGCUCUUUUCCUUUAACAGCAAAGUGAAACAGCAAAGAUAGUUAACAGUGAAACAGCAAAGAUAUAUGUUGCCAUGACACCCACUUUGACUCCUAAAAGGAGAUGUAAUACUUGAUUUAUGAAAUAAUUGUUUUUAAUAGUGGCAAAUAUGACCUAAUCAUUGGGAUUUUCUUUUAUUGUACACAGUGUAAUAGGUACAUAUUAUAUACUUUAAAGAAUAAUCUGCAUUAUUAACAUAAUUCAUCAUCUUUGUAAGUUCAUACAUUUAGUAAUAUAAUAAAAAGCCUUACUUGUUAGAGUUCACCCAUUUUUAUGGUCUAAUGUCGGGUUAGCUGCCUACAGUAGCAUUUGAAGGUGCACCGGGAGGUAAGAAGAUGAAUGGAUAUUUGUUGAUCCUCAAGCCCUCCUGGAGGCCAAAGAGAAGAAGUCAGUAUUUAGACUUCCCAUACCUUUUGCCAUGCAAAUUGGGUUCAAUCUUAACAUUAUGGAACAUUUUUAUGAUUAAAGGAACAUAGUACACUUAAUGGACCUCUGUUUCCUUCUGUGUAAAAUGGGAUGAACAGCAGCUUUUAUCCCAGCCUUGGUGCUCAUUUCAAAGGCAGUAGCUAUACCACCAGUUAUUUCCCAUGGGAGACACCUCAGACCUGCCCCAGGUGCUUGUGAAAAAUAAAUGGAACUUUCUGAUCCCCCAUAUCAGCUGCAUCUGUACAGACCCCACAUGGGACAAUGUGGCUUCAGGGCUUCCCAUAUGGAUUCCCCAGUGUGGUACCUCUGGGUGAUCAUAAAAUCCCCCAAUCUCACUUUGCUACAUGAAAUUAAUGAAGGCACAAACCACGGCCCUUUUGAGAAUCAAUAGAGUUAAUGAAAUUCAAUACACACUUCCAGGUACUUGUAUGACAGGAUUUGCUGUUUAUUUCCUUCUUAAUUCAACUGCAUCCUGUGGGUUAAUAACUUACUGCAUUUCUGGGGAAAUGAAGGAUCAGGAAGAAAAAGGGGUUUUUCUAAGGUCACAACAGACAAAUGUCAGAUCCAAAAUGCUGACUUCAAACUCCUAAGUCUGUUGGUGAACUGGGGUCGCCAUCUAUUGUAGUGUAUUAAGGCCUCAGAACAAGGCAGGGAGACAGGGAAGACUGUUGAUAUGGGAAACUCGGCUGUUGCUGUUGUUUUCAUUGUUGCAAUUAUCAUGACUUUUCUGCAUUUUUCUGAUGUCUUAAAGGGCUUAACACCUGCCUCACAGCAUUCAUGGGAAUCCUGUCUGAUUUCCAGUGAUCUUGCCAGGGAAAACAAUGUUAAGCCUUGGAUACAUUUUGUCUAUUGGCUUUUGAGGACAGUGGGACGUGAUACCUGGGACAUAUUGAGAAGUGAUGCUGGAGACCUAUAGUAUUGUUAUCUCCCUGGUGGAGUGUUCACCUCCUCAUGCAGGAAACACAGUGCCCAUUUGAUCCUUUACUCUGUCCAGGACUGGCUGGAGGAGACACUGAUGCUCACCCUGUAUUCCCUGUAGCCCUGACUAUUUCCAGCAGCUGCAUCCUCAUUUCCAGUGUCUCCAUGUCUGCACCAAAGAUCCUUGGGUAGGAACAUGAUCCUUCUGCUAGGAUCAGAACCCUCAUCAGCUGCCUAGCGCACUCUGGUCACAACGGAGAUUCUGACUCCUGAUUGCUUGGCAAGGGACAAUUGGCCAAAUCAGGUUGAAUCUAUGCCUCCACAGCCCAGUUAGCCGAGUUGUAUAGCUCAUGGGAUUUUUCAGAGAAGAGGGUGAGUGCUGAGCGUCUUUCGUAAUAAUUUGCAAUCUGCUUCCAAGACAUUUUCUUAACAAUCCAUUUAAAAUCACCAGGAUGACAUGCAUGUACACUCUUAAAACUGAUGCUAGUUCUGUUUUUUUUCUGUCCUCACUGCUGUCAAUAGAAUGUCUUGGGUUAGAGCUGAAUCUCUAAAACCCUUGUCUUACUGAUUUUCGAUCUUUAACAGAUUGAGCAGUGCUGAGCAGCCCUUGUGAGUGACCUUGGACUUUAGAGCAUUGUUUUGAUGUCAUUGCAUUUUCAUGGUAACCUAUCAUUAAUUGUAAGUCCAGGUGAUUUUCCCCAUUUCGUAGAGAUACAAGUACACUUUUUAGUAAUCAGUCUAUAUCAGAAGAAUGAAGUGUCCAUCAUUUUAAAGAGAAUAAUAACCAUGGGAUCCGCUCUAGUCCCCUAAGCAGAGAUGAGGUGUCUGUUCAUAUGCAGGCUCAGUUCAAACUCGUCUUACUGAAUUCUAACAUCAUUUCCAUCCUUUCUUUAGCUUGAAGUUUUUUUAAGUGCUUGAUUGUAUCACUAGUUGCAUUUUACAACCAUUUAUUGAGAGGUUUUCUCAAUAAAAGUGUGAGAGGUUCACACUUUUAAAGUGUGUCUUGGUGUCUCAUGAAAUAUAAUUCCUCAAUAUGUUCCUAAACCUAUUGCAUUGACAGUGUCAUAUUUAGCAUGUCACCUAUGAAUCAGUAAUUAUGUCUGUAACUCACAAUUUCUCCUUUGUUAUGAUAAUUACAAUACAAUUUUCACAUCAACAAAAAUUCCAAUAACUUUGUCACUAUUAUUUCUGCCAGUUUUUUCAAUAAUUUUCUUUAUUGACAUUUAGAUUACAAGUAAAUAGACACCCAUUUAUGUUUCUAUUAUGAAUUUUUUUAUUUUCAAAAGUGUGUCCUAUAUUCUUAUGCCAUACUUGUCAUAUGUAUGUUUGGAUAACUGGGUUGUUGAUGUAGUAAAAUUUCUCAGAUUUUCCCAUGUGUGCACACCCCCCUUUAUUGAGAUGUGCUUUAUUGAGCUUGAGAGAUAGAAUGUUCUCUUCAAUAGGAAUGCAAGACCCUCUACCUGCAAAAUGAUUGCUUGCAACUUAA